AUGAGAGCGCUUUGCCUACCUCGCGACCCUCGCCCGUCGCCCUUGCUUUCUCCGCCCACUGCCCUCACCCCGCCCGUCGCCCUCGCCGCCUCGCCGCCCGUCGAGGUCGGUUCCCUCGCCCGUCGCUCUCGCUUCCCCCGCCUACUACCCUCGCCUCGCCUGUCGCCCUCGCCGCUUCCCCGCCCGUCGCCCUCGCUUCCGCCCGUCACCGCCCGUCACCCUCCCUUCCGCCCGUCACCCUCCCUUCCACCCGUCGCCCUCCCUUCCGCCCGCCGCCCUUCCUUCCCCUCGUCGCGCUUCCUUCCGCCCGUCGCCCUCCCUUCGUCUCGUCGCCCUCCCUUCGUCUCGUCGCCCUCCCUUCCUCCCGUUGCCUUCCCGUCCGCCCGCCGCCCUUCUUUUCCCUCGUCGCGCUCCCUUCCCCCCGUUGCCCCCCUUCGUCUCGUCGCCUCUCUGUCGCUCGUCGCCCUCCUUCCCGCUCGUCCCCUCGCAAUCCCCGUCUCUCUCUCCCCCCGUCGCCCUCUCUUUCCCCGUCGCCCUCCCAUCCACUCCUUGUCCUCGCCAUCCCUCCCUUCUCCCUUCUCAUCUCACACACUUGUCACGCCCCCUUUCCCACCUGCACAUGCACCCUUCCCUGCUUCCCCCCAUCCCCUUCCCUGCUUCCUCCAUCCUCUCGCACUCUCACUCUCCUUCCCCCACCCUCUGCCCUGUUCCCACCUAGGAAACCCCAUCCCUGCCUUUUCCUCCCACCCUCCUUCCCCCACUCUCCCUCCUCCUGCACUCUCUCCCUCCGUCCUCUCGAACUCUCACUCUCCUGCACCCUCUGCCCUGUUCCCACGUGCCCUCCCCAUCCCUGCCUUUUCCUCCCUGCUCCGCCCUUCCCUCCCCCAGCCGUUCACAACCCUUCCCUUCCUUUUCAUGCCCUACCCUUCCCCCUCACUCCUCACCUUCCGCCCUCUAAUACCCAUGCAUGUGCACCCAUUAGUGUCUCCCCAUACAUGCUUUCAUUAUGUGCGCUUGUGUGUAUUCCCCUGCCGUUGUUCCCUUGCACCUCACUCCACCUCCCCCAUGUUUCUUCACACGAAUCUUUCUGCCUACUCCAAUCUCCCCUAUUUUUCAGUGGUGAAGCAGAGGAGCAAGCUGAGGCGCAGCUAG